CCUCGGCUCUUCUUUGGUCGCUUAAAACCAACUGCCAUCAACCAACUCACUCAUCUAUUAAUCAACAAUGCCCCUCGAACUGAACAUCGACCUUACCGAGGAGCGUCCGAAAGUUCCGGAAAUCGUGGCUUUCGCCAUGGAUAAGCCGGUUUUGAAUAAGACCAACGUGCUCACGCUCAUCCCGAAACGUAAUCGUUCGGCUGUUUCGAUGCGUGCCGACGAGACGGACAAUUGGGGACAAGAGGCUCUCGAUGAGAAGGAAGCCUACACUCUUAUGCUCCGCGAUCCGAGCAUCAAGAACGACCUGUUGGAUAGACUCAAUACGUUCAGAAGAAACCGCGAGCUCUGUGAUGCCGUGCUUUUUGUCAAGGAACGCGAGAUUUUCGUUCACAAGGUUGUACUCGCUGCGGUCUCACCGGCGCUAUUGGACAUGUUCAACGAGGAGAAUGAAAGCAGUCAAGACGAAAAAUCGCCAACUUCCUCCAGCCCUACCAACGGCCACACCAACGGAAUUACCAAUGGAAAUGGAGAAGUUGCUCACGAGAAUGGAGCACCUGUGUCGGCCCAAAAACCACAAAAAUCAUCGACAACUUUUUACGAAUUCUCGCAAACCGACUUUGAAUGUUUCGAGGCGCUUGUCAACUUUGCCUACACCGCUAAUUUGGAAAUCAGUUCGCGUAAAGUGGCGGAGCUGUACAAAACCGCCUACGCUCUCCAAAUGAUUCCAGUUAUUCGUGCGUGUGCGGCAUACCUUGCCGAAAAUCUGCAGCUUUCCAAUUGCAUUGGAAUUCGUCGACAGGCGAACUUCCACAACGACACAUUCCUCAUGGGCAAAGUAGAUCAGUUCAUAGUCGACAACUUUGAUUCGAUUGUAAAUGACAGCAAGGAAUUCACACAGCUUCCCGUCAUUCAGGUCAGAAUUAUUGUGCCUGCUGAAGAUGGAAAAGUGACGAACAACGCUAAUAACAAUGGAGGAUUGGCAGAGAUGGCUUUGUUUUACUUCCAAAACAUGCCACAUGACCGUGCGGAGCACUCGAUCGACCUUCUCACAUGCAAGACGCACAUCUUGUACAUGGAGGAGAACCACUUGGCAGAUUGCAUUGAAAUGGAUGAGCGUUCGUCAGUCGGCAGUUGCGAUAUCAUUCAAGACUACAAAAAAUCUGGAAAAGAUAGAAAAGACGUGGCGAAAGCUAUGACUGCUCAGGAGCCUAUCAUCAACUCAGUUGUUCAGCACAGAGUGAAUGGAGCUGUUCCAGUACGACUCAAUGCGUCUCGUCUUCCAAACAUGAACGCGUCGAACGAAAGUCUCGAAUCAGCUGGAACUGAUGACUCGGACCCGCAAGAUACAAUCGAGGCACGACUAAUUUCCACUCAUCAGACAGCCCCACAAUACUGGGUUGCUCUUGUCGUUCUGUAUCGUCGCCUCUGCGUGCUUAGCCUUCAGCUUACGGACAACGAGGAACUUUUGCGCACCAAACGCGAGCCAUGUCCGGUUGAUUCUCAAAAAGCUGCUCUUCUUUCUCGCUUGAUUUCGUGCACCGGAAAGCAGCAAAAACCACUGGAGUGCAUGAGUGCUCCACGUUGCUCCAUUGGAGCCUCAUUUUUGAAUGGAAAGAUUUUCGUGUGCGGAGGCUAUGAUCGUGGAGAAUGCUUGAGAAGCGUUGAAGAAUAUGACGUUGUCAAUGGCAAGUGGAGAAAUGUUGCCAAAAUGAAGGCAGAAAGAGGUCGAUUUGACUGUACCAUUCAUGGCGGAAAAGUCUUCGCUGUUGCGGGUAGUAAUGGAAACAAUGACCUCAAGAGUUGUGAGAUUUACGAUCCAAAGGCUGAUGUAUGGGCUCCACUUCCAAACCUGGCAACUGCUAGAUGUCAUAAUGGAUGUGCCACUAUUGACAACUACGUCUACUGCAUUGGAGGAUCAUUUGAUCAGAAAGUUCUGAAAGAUUGUGAGCGCCUAGACACUACAAAGCUGGGUACUGAAGAAGCUGAAUGGGAGCCGAUGGCGUCAAUGGAACAUCCAAGAUAUCAAGCCGGAGUCUGCACUUGGAAAGGGCUUGUUGUGGCUGCCGGUGGUUGCGAUCGCUGGACAUGCAUGGACUCUGUUGAAGCAUUCGAUCCAAAAACCAAUGCAUGGCGUCAACUUCCGAAGCUUCGUCAGGCAAGACGCGGAGGUGCUGUGGCUGUGGUUCGUGACACUUUAUACGUGAUUGGAGGGCACGAUGGAACUCAGUCAUUGGAUACUGUGGAGAUUCUAGACAGUCCUUCGUCUCAAUGGCGUGUUGGUCCAACUUUGACUACUCCAAGAGCCAACACCCAUGCCGUUGUCACCGCCGGAAACGUGAUCUUCUGCAUUGGAGGUUUCAACGGCGUCAAGUUCCUUGACACAAUCGAGCUUUUGGAGAAUGAACAAAUCGGCUGGCGUAACUGGCAGCACUGUCCACAGCAGAUUCUCGAAGAGCACGAGGAAGAAGACUCAAGCCUCAUGGACGAUGAAGCUACUUCCACCGCACCCUCUUCUCCUUAAAACUUGAAAUUGUUGGAGAUUUCUUAUUUGUACACUUCUUCCUUUACAUGUUCACUUGCUUGCUUUUCUUGGUAUUUUCCUUUUUGUCUGGUAUCUGCCCUUUUUCUAAUUUUUUAUUCAUCUCUAGAUAAUUGACAUUUCUCGUCUGAAAAUAUCAAUUGGUACACUUUUCGUUGUAAAAACAUAUAUUAUUUUCUUUUUGUGAUUUAAAAGUUACCUGGGCAUUUCUUCCCUGGAACUACACACUUUCAAAAAUUCUGGAAAUCGUUUUCAAAUUUUCACAGUUCCUUUCAUCCAUAUUGGUUUGUUUUUGUUUCACUUUGUUCAUUUCUGAUUGUAAAUUUUGAUAUCCUUCGUCUCUCAUACAUUUCUCUUUUUCUUCCUACUGUUUCUUCUCCAAGUUUAAAAUACUUAUGGUUUGGCAAUACAAAGAUUCACGUAGAUUACUGGUAUUGUAGAUGAUCCCAUCACCCCCAUCCUUUUUCUUCACUGAUUCGAUUCCUACGCAAUUGUUUCUGUUUUUCUAGCCCGUUUUGUCAAACGUGAGAAGAGGCCCAAAAACGAAAAAUAAACUUUUUUUCAUUGG